UCUUUAUGUAUCUGAAAUGCUGAAUCUCUCUUCUCAUUUGAUUUUUCUUCUCCGAUGAAUCUUCCGUUUAACAGAGCGGAAGAAGCGAACAUGCAGCUCGUUGCAGGAGGAGAAAUCAAUGAUGGUGUGAUUGAAACGCCUAACAACUUGGCUGCGAUCACUAAUCAUCAAGCGAGUAGCAGUAACACUAUGAGAAGAAGAGGAGGAAGGAUUAGAAAGAAGAAUCUCAGUGAGGAGGAAUUGAUUGAGAGAAAGAGACAUGUCAAAAUGGUGAGUAAUCUCAGGAAAACAGAAAUGACAACUGAAAGGAAACAACUACUCUCAACCUAUCUCAAGAAAAAGAAGAGGAUUGAGAGAUUGACAAUCUCAAUCCAGCUAAACACAGACAGGAAAGGCAAACCCACAUCCUUCUUCAAUGUACGCAAGUGGGAGAGGGAGAAGGCUGCUUCUGAGAGUAUUGUCCAUCACAUCGAAGUUAACAAUAUCAAGAAGAAGAAGAAGAAGAAGAAGACACCAACCCACAUCUACUUCGAGUAGAAGAAGAGAGCAACUUCAAUUCAGUUUUUCUAAGAGAAAAAGACAAAAAUAGCACUAAAUCAAGUUUAUGUUCCCAAACUAGCACUCAAGGUCAAAAGUCACGAAAAUAGCACUUAAUGUUUUAU